AAUCCAAAUCACACACUCAAAAACAUUGUUUCAGAUCGAUCUGCUCUGACAAACCCUAUCUUUCAUCACACCUGUUUCUCAUCAUCACUUCAUCUCCAUCACAUAUACAUACACAAUUCAUCUCUAUAUCACCUUCAGGAAUAACUAAUUCACUGCAAACAGUUACCGGAAUUCAAUUUUACCGGUAGAACAUUCCGGUUGACGAUUACAGGAUUCGCAAUUCUGCACGCAAAUCGUCUCAAAAGUUGUUGUAACUACUGAAUUUUGUAACGGAAACGAAGUUCAGAUCGAUUCAAGGUGACGGAAUAUAUAAAACCUAAUCUAAUCGGAAUCGGAAUUACGUCGUGAAUGCAACCGCAAUCACGUCAUCUACGUGUGCGGUGCUAGAUCUGUUGAUACGUGACGAUUCAGUUAGAAUUCAGGUGACCGGAGUGAGCGGUGGUCAAUUUUGACCUAAUUUUGGAUCAAAUUGAAAUCAGUAGAAACAAAAUCUGUAGAUCCUGAUGGAGCUUCCGCAACCACGUCCGUACGGAACACAAGGUAGGAAACCAACGCAUAACUUUCUUUCGCUUUAUUCACCUGCACAGCAAGAUCCAUCUUCUAUUCCUCCAGGUGGGUUCCUUGAAACUCACGACUUCUUGCAACCACUGGAACGAACAGAAGGAAAUAAAUUCGAAGAACCAAUAAGUGCAGUGGAACACAUUCUGCCAGGUGGCGUAGGGACUUACAGUAUUAGUCAUAUUUCUUGUAUAAGUCAAAGUCAAAGUCAAAGGAUGGGAAAGGCUGAAGGGGUUGUGAUCAGACCAGUACAAUCUAGUGGUAGUGAUAGAAAUGAUGAGAAUUCAAACUGUAGUUCUUACACAGGGAGUGGUUUCUCACUAUGGGAAGAAUCUGCUGUAAAGGGAAAGACAGGGAAGGAGAAUAUUGCUGGAAACACACGUGUAAUAAGAGAGGGUGGCAUUAUGAAGACGGGAGAAGGGCCAUGGGUGACAUCCAUGGACCGGCCGUCACAGUCUUCAUCUGCGCAUAACCACCCAACCGCGAGCAUCAGUUCUCUCUCAUCUUCGCGCCCAUCAUCAGCUCAAAAUAAUCCGAGUUUUGUUGAUGUGUUAAAAUUUGCUAAAAGUAGCCGAGAUGAUGAGGAUGAUGAAGAACACGGGUUUGUUAUCAAGCAAGAGCCAUCCUCACACUACAAAGGUGUUUUGUCUGUUAAAGUAGACACAUCACACCAGGAUCAAAAGCCCAACACUCCGCGUUCUAAGCAUUCGGCUACUGAGCAACGAAGAAGAAGCAAAAUCAAUGACAGAUUUACAAUGCUGAGAGAAAUCAUUCCACAAGGUGACCAAAAGCGCGAUAAGGCGUCAUUUCUAUUAGAGGUUAUUGAAUACAUUCGGUUUCUACAAGAGAAGACGCACAUGUACGAGGACUCAUGUCGGAAUAACAAUAAUAACGAUAAUAAUCAAAGACCAACUGAAGGUUUCAUUGACCAACCACUAGUCAACAAGGGCAAUGUUUCCUUAAACCUUCCGAAAAAGGGUCAAGCCCUAUUAGAUACCAACGUAAGUUUGCAAGAACAAAUUGGUCAAAACCCGUGUUUGACCAAUAACAGAUCAUGCACAAACGAUGGCACAGCAAGUGAUAAACUGAAAGAUGAGGAAGUUACUAUUGAAAGUGGCACAAUUAGCAUCUCAACGAUUUACUCUCAAGGGUUACUGAGUACAUUAACACAAGCACUACAGAACUCUGGUGUGGACUUGUCACAAGCUAACAUAUCUGUACAAAUUGACCUUGGUAAAAGAGCAAAUACUAGUACACCCAUUUUCAAGAAAAAUGAAGUUUCUGGGUUGGAUGAAACGUUUGCGGGUUCAAGACUUGCAAGCACACGAGAGGAGAAGAGUGAUAAAGCUUUGAAGAGGUUUAAGACGGACCGAAAUUAGAUUGUUAUUAGGCUAAUUUAAGUAGUAGUCAUAUUUUUCCCAACAGGGUCCGCUUGCGGAUCAUUACUGACUUUCAUUUGUGUUUAAAUAUACGUUGUACAUUCGGGUCGGGGGUCGGGUGGGGUGCACAGAAUGUUCUGAGUUCUGACAAAAAGAAUUAUUAGAUCCUAGAAAAUUGGGCAUCUAGUUAUUUAUUGAAAAGGCCUUAUGAACAACAAUAUAUGGUGUUGUGAUUUUGUUUGUUUCCUUGCGGUUAAUAUUAUAAAAAUACAAAAAAUUUCUUUCA